AUGGGAAGAAAACCCCUGUACUUUCUGAUUGUGGGGGUCUUUUUAGCAUAUUAUGUUUAUUUACCUCUGCCAGAGGAUUUUGAGGAGCCAUGGAAAAUAAUACAGUUGAACGCUUAUAUAAAAACGAUAAUACAUUUGGCUGAAUUUGUCGAGCUGCUGGGACUUAAUAAUUUUGUGGAUUCCUUGACAAUUUUUUUGGGUCCUAGUGAGGUUCCACCAACCUCAGAUGAAAAUAUCACUGUGACUGAGACAACUUUCAACCACAUCCCUGUCCGUGUAUAUGUGCCAAAGAGGAAGUCAGAGGCACUGAGAAGAGGUGUCUUUUAUAUCCAUGGUGGUGGCUGGUGUCACGGAAGUGCUGCUUCAAAACAGCAAGACCUACUGUCAAGAUGGACAGCAGACAGACUCGACGCUGUCGUCAUAUCAGUCAGCUACAGAUUAGCGCCUAAGUAUCACUUCCCAGUUCAAUUUGAAGAUGCAUAUAAUUCCUUAAAGUGGUUCCUACGUAAAGAAGUUCUUGCAAAAUAUGGCGUGAACCCUGAGAGAAUUGGUGUUUCCGGAAGUAGUUCAGGAGCAAACUUAGCUGCAGCUGUAGCACAACAGCUUCUAGAUGACCCAGAUGUCAAGAUUAAACUCAAGACCCAGUCUUUAAUUUAUCCUGUCCUUCAGGCUCUUGAUGUAGAUACACCAUCAUAUCGAGAACAUUCACAUUUUCCACUUCUGUUCAAAUCCGUCAUGGUCAGGCACUGGAGUGAGUAUUUUACAACUGAUAGAUCACUUGAGAAAGCCAUGCUUUCCCACCAACAUGUACCUGUGGAAUCAAGUCAUCUAUUCAAAUUUGUUAAUUGGAGUUCCUUGCUCCCUGAGAGGUUUAUAAAAGGACAUGUUUAUAAUAACCCAACUUAUGGUAAGUCUGAGCUAUCAAAAAAAUAUCCAGGUUUCCUGGAUGUGAGGGCAGCCCCCCUCUUGGCUGAUGACAAGAAGCUACGUGGUUUACCUCGGACUCAUGUCAUCACCUGUGAAUAUGAUGUCUUAAGAGACGAUGGAAUCAUGUACGUCACCCGACUUCAAAAUGCUGGAGUUCCAGUGACCCAUAACCACAUUGAAGAUGGAUUCCAUGGAUCAUUUCUUUUACUGAAAUUUAAAAUUAGCUCCAGGAUGAUAAAUCAGUAUAUAAGUUGGCUAAGUGAAUAUCUAUAG